UUAGAGGAGGAAAACAAGAAAAAAAUAUUCUGAACCAAUGGACUGAAUACAUAGUACAGGAAAUGACAAGAGACUGCGGACACAGUACAGGAGAUGACCAGAGACUGCGGACACAGUACAGGAGAUGACCAGAGACUGCGGACACAGUACAGGAGAUGACCAGAGACUGCGGACACAGUACAGGAGAUGGCCAGAGACUGCGGACACAGUACAGGAGAUGACCAGAGACUGCGGACACAGUACAGGAAAUGACCAGAGACUGCGGACACAGUACAGGAGAUGACCAGAGACUGCGGACACAGUACAGGAGAUGGCCAGAGACUGCGGACACAGUACAGGAGAUGGCCAGAGACUGCAGAAGCCGGCACAGGAUGACUGUACAUCGCUGGAGCGAGGAACAGGUAAGGUCCUGCAGGAGAGAAGAGCUGAGCUGCCGGCCCGAUAUUCUGACACGGUGGCAGCAGAAAUACCGG